CAUUUAUCUUGCCGUGUAACUUAAUUAUAGUUUUUGAUGUAAGCGUUUCUGUCUGUAUAGCUAGAUAGUUGUCUGUCUAGCUAAAAGGUGGCUAUACUGUCGGUUUUCCCAAAAACGGAGUGCUUAAUGUUUUUUUGGUGGUAAAUGUUGACUAGGCAGUGAACCUACAUGUCGGAGGGUUAGCAACCCAACUGAUGCUAGCCUGCUCGAUUCCUCGUAAUGUUGACGUUUGUCACAAUUUGAACCAGGGUCCAGUAAGCGAGUUUAGUGUUGUGAAAGCAGAGCGAUAUAUGCGCAAGAAUUUUAUGAUGUUCAUUUAUCAUCCUGAUUGCUUUGGGUGUAAUUGUUGUGGUCCUCUUGAAUUCGCGUUGCGGUCUGAAAGCAUUAAACAGCAAAUCAGUAUGUACCAUAGACAGUAAAAGACAAGUGCAUGCUGGUGUACUUCAUAUAUACAGGGGGAUUUUCUCCAGUUUGUUCUCCGGGCUUUUUGGGACCCGAGAGAUGAGGAUAUUGAUUUUGGGACUGGAUGGUGCCGGGAAGACCACCAUCCUUUAUCGCCUACAGGUCGGGGAGGUUGUCACCACCAUCCCAACAAUCGGUUUCAAUGUAGAAACGGUGACGUACAAGAACUUGAAAUUCCAGGUGUGGGAUCUUGGUGGACAAACCAGCAUCAGGCCCUACUGGCGUUGCUACUACUCAAACACGGAUGCCGUGAUCUACGUGGUGGACAGCAGUGACAGGGAUAGGAUGGGAAUCUCCAAGUCUGAGCUGGUGGCUAUGCUGGAGGAGGAGGAGCUGAAGAAGGCCAUUCUGGUGGUGUUCGCCAACAAGCAGGACAUGGAGCAGGCCAUGACUCCCACGGAAGUGGCCAACUCCCUGGGCCUGCCCGCCCUCAAGGACAGGAAGUGGCAGAUCUUCAAGACGUCAGCGACCAAAGGCACGGGGCUGGACGAGGCCAUGGAGUGGCUUGUUGAGUCCUUGAAGAGCAGGCAAUAAGCAUGAUUCUGAUCUUAACCCCCCCCUCCCCAUGUAAAUAUUCCUGAUUGAGCCCCCAGUCAUGGUUCAAGACCACCCCCCCUCCCCAUUUUGGUGGCAGCUUCACACCCCUACGCUUCCCCAGGACAGGAGAGAGGCAGCAGGAGGAGGGCAUCAGCAAUGUAAAGCUCACGUUCAGUGAGUCAUCCGCUGGAGGCUCAGACUUAUUUGAUUGGUUACCCAGUGGAACGGACACUUGUGAUUGGUGGCCCAGUAUGGUGGACUUUCAGACUUGUUCUUGGCCAAACUGGUCUUUUUGCAGGCCUUGUCUGGUGAUUUGUAUUCAAAGCGUGUUAUUUUCUAUUCUCACACAAUUAAGAUGGGUCUGGAUUAUUUUUCUGUGUUUUGGUCAUCUUUGUCCUCAGGCAGACUGCAAGACAUUGAUAUGUUAUACUUUUGGUAACUGACACUAGUGUCUAUUUGUGUUUCUCUGCGAUUCAUUCCUAAUUGCUUAUUUAUUUAUGAGCUUCAUCAGUUCAAAACUGUUUGUUGAAGAAAAUAUGUAAUCAUGCUGAAAAUAAUAAAUCUGCAUUGUCAAUCUG